AUGUCAGAAUCCCUUAGUGAUCAAUCAUCAGAAGUAGAUCCUUUAUCCUUAGAUGAUGUCACAGACGAACAUUACGAUGUCGAAGAAUAUUCUUGUGAAAAAUGCGACUUCAGCACAUCCUCUCUCAAUUCUUAUGAAAAUCACAUCGCCGACUGCAAAGACCUAGACCCAGACCAACUAGAAGACCCCUCCGAUAAAAAUUUUGAAUGCCCCAUGUGCAACCAAAAGUUCGCUUUCCUAGCUUAUCUAUCCCGACACAUGAACAAACAUCAUGUAACAGACAAAGCCUUUCAUUGCGAUGUUUGCAAAAAAGACUUUUCAGGGAAAAGAAGUCUCGCUAUGCAUAUGAGGGUUCAUAAAGAGAAAGAAGUUCACCAGUGUCAAUAUUGUUCCACGACAUUAAAAAGUGAAUUGGAGUUUGCAAAGCAUAUGAUUUCGCAUAAAGGUGAAAAUCCUUUUGAGUGUGAGGUGUGUCAUAAGAGGUUUGCUUUGCCGAAUACGUUGUUGGUGCAUACUCGGACUCAUACAGGGGAGAAGCCUUAUAAAUGCAGUAGUUGUGAUAGAUGUUUUUCGACGUCCAGCUAUUUAACGGUUCAUAUGAGGAGCCACACCGGAGAGCGCCCAUUCAAAUGCAUUCUCUGUGAAAAAUCAUUCACCCAAUCGACAAGUUUGAAAAUACAUUUUGAAACUCACAAACAACAAGACGACAAAGAACUUUUAAAACGUUUUUCAUGUGAGUAUUGCGAAAAGAAGUUCAAAACGAAGCAUGUACUUCAAAAACAUACGAGGCUGCAUACAGGUGAAAGGCCUUACAAAUGUGAGCUAUGCGAUAAGACUUUUGUACAAGCCAUUAAUAAACAGAGACAUUUAUUACAACAUAGUAAAAAGAAAGAAAGUAAAGGGGCUCCGAAGAAGAGUAAAAAGGUUGCGAAGGAUGUGGAGGGUGGUCAGCAUUUUUUAGUGAGUUGA